AUGGAUCGAGCGCUCGAUUGGGAUGUCCGUACGUUUGAUUAUAAGAGCAUGGGCGUUUCAAAAAACUUUGAAGUAUCUAUCAUUGGUGGAGGCAUCGGCGGCCUGUCUGCAGCCAUUGGUCUGAUUCGGGCUGGCAUACCCGUCCAAGUCUUCGAAGCUGCUUGCCAAUUUUCUGAAAUUGGCGCUGGUGUAUCGUUUGGCACAAACGCACGAAACGCCUUGGCUAAGCUGGGUCUGCAGCGAGACUUUGAGGAGCAGCUUACCACCAUUCCAUCGGGGAUUUGGUUCGAGUGGCGAAACGGCCAAGGUCAAGAACAAGAAUUAAUUGCCACGACAUACUCGAAUCCUCUUGGAAAUUCGUCAGUACAUCGAGCUGAUUUCCUUGAUGUCAUGGUCAAACACGUCCCCAAAUCCAUCUCACACUUUGGCAAGCGACUUGUUUCUAUUGAAAAGCUGUCACAUGGGAGUGGGAAAAAUGUCCGACUACAUUUUCAGGAUGGUUCAUCCCACGACACGGAUCUCGUGAUCGGUUACGACGGUAUUCACUCAAAAGUUAGGGAGUACCUCCAGAGUGCCAAGCGAAUUGCGAACACAGGAUCAGGAAAGGCCGAGCUCCAAUGGAGCGGCUCAUGGGCCUGGAGGGGUAUGAUCCCUACCGAGAAGUUUCUCAAGGGCGUGCCAACAAAGAUGGGGGAGCACUAUUCCAAGAUACCCCAGAUGUUCCUUGGGAAAGAUAGGCAUAUCCUCAUCUUCCCUAUAAACAAGUUUAGCACCAUCAACGUAGUAGCUUUCGCUACCGAUCGUAGUCAGUGGCCCGAUCGUCCUAAACUCAAGGAGGGCGAAGCUUGGACGCAAAAAUCAACUCAGGAGGAGAUGGUUGCCCAAUUCCCUGGCUGGGCUGAUGAUAUUAUCAAUAUUCUGAAGUGCAUCGAAGAGCCAAAUAAGUGGGCGUUGCACGAACUUAAUCCUACUCUCGACACAUACGUCGAUGGAACAGUUUGCGUUGCCGGAGACGCUGCACAUGCAGGAACACCUCACCAGGGAGCGUUAGCCGGUCAAGCGAUCGAAGAUGCUCUGUUUCUCACUUGGCUAUUAUCACAACCUUCCAUCAACCGAGCCAAUCUGGCCGACGCACUACAGGUGUAUGACUCUGUUCGGCGCCCGCGAGCCAACAAGGUAUCAGAAACCAGUUUUGAGGCCGGUGAGAUCUACGAAUUUGCUCUUGACAGGACUGGCUCCGACUUCUCGAAGCUUCGGGAAGAGCUCGAGUCUCGAUAUGAAUGGAUUUGGGGGCAUGAUCACGAGGAGGAUUUUAUCAAGGCUAGGCAAGAGAUGGAAAUCAGGGGUUUGCUUUGA